ACGCGUCGCUCGCGCAGCCAUGUCAACGCUCGAGUGUUUUGCUUAUGAUCUCGCGCUACUCUUGGCCGAAUAAAUCACACGUAGACCGGGGAAAGUACCGGAAAGUCACGCCGAUAAAACAGAUACUGAGUGGUUUCGAGGUGUGUGGGGGGCGGGAAAAGAGGAACGGUCUCGGACCCCUUCCUAUACUGUAGUUAGGUGACGGUGAACGGUGUGGUGCACUGAUUGAUUACACUGAACCCAAGAAUCACAGAGUUACUACGGGCAGUUACGCGAGCCGGCUUUCCUUCGUUGCGCAUUUUGGCAUGGUUAUUUUAAAUAUCCGUAGUGCAUUUCUGACCGGCUUUAGACGUCAGCUGGUCAUUUGACCAGCAGGUCGUUUGAGCGCCAAAAGGGACAAGCGUUUGACUUUACGUAUGACGUCACUCCCGGCAAAGCUAAGCUAACGUUAGCACGCUAACGUAGCUAGCUAAAUGACAGACUUCGGGGAUGCCUGCAGGUGGGAGUACCUGGACAGCGACCCAGGACGGACUGGAAGAUACAUUUGAUAAGCCAAAUAAAAAAAAGUCCAAGAAGAAAAACCCCGAAAACAAAGAGAGCAUUGUGCUUCAGACUCUCAAGAACCUCCAUCUCAGGAAGGACGGGGAGUCCGAUGACGACGAUGCGCAUCAUCCGCAACACGACGACAACGAAUGUGAAACAGCCACAAACGUUAACAACGAAGAGGAUACUCCGCCAUCGAAAGCUAAGAGGAAGACUAAGAGGGAACUUCCCGGCCGGCCUUUGCCCGACAAUGUCGCCGGCUCAGAAGCAGAUGGCGUACAGAAGGAGGCCAGACGCGGGAGUAAGAAAGGCAAACGGAAAGAGGACGCCAAGGGAGAUGACGACAAGGACGGUGAGGACCUGCUGAGGGAGUACCAGCAGCAGAUGGCGCCAGAAGCUGAAGAGCCACAAGGGAGUGAGGACGUCGGGAAGAAGAAAAAGAAGAAGAAACUGAAAUCUGCCGCCACCGAGUCGGAUGUUGGGGAUCAUGACCAGGGCGAUGAUGUGGAAAGUGACUCGAAGGAGAGGAAGAAGAAGAAGAAAAAGUCAACCGCGGAGGAAGGGAACGCCACCGAGGUGCCUAAGAAGCCUGACCUCGAUGGAAAUGACGGCCUGGUGCUGGGGGUGUACGUGCACCGGACAGAUGGCCUCAAGACGGACUUGCGCGUCUCGCAUCCCAUGGUGAAGGUCCACGUGGUGGAUGACCUGACGGGCCAGUACGUCAAGAAGGAAGACAGCCAUCGCCCCGUGUCGUCGUUUUACGAGCGAGACACCGUGGAGCACAUCCUACCCAUCAUGACGCAGCCAUUUGACUUCAAGAAGAACAAGUCGGUCGUCCCUGAGUGGAAGGAGCAGAUCAUCUUCAACGAGCCCUUUGCGCACUUUGUCGGGCGGGAUCCCGAGAGCCCAAAAGUUGUCCUCUUCUUUGAGAUCCUGGACUUCCUCACCAUGGAGGAAGCCAAAGCCAACGUUGAUGUUGCCAUCCCUGAACGAGGAUUCAGAAAGAUCGCGUGGGCUUUCCUGAAGCCAGUUGGCGCCAACGGCGUGCUGAACACGGGCAGCAAAAUCCGCCUGCAGCUCUACUACCCGCCCACGUCGGCCAAGAGGCAGCCUCGCACCAUCGAGGUGUUGGAGUGGUGGCGGCAUCACCCGCGCGUCAAAUACGCGUCCACCCUCUAUGUCACAGUGAAAGGCAUCAGACUACCUCAGCACGUGGACCCCAGCGUGCGUUCCAUGAUGGCGCUGCAGGAGGAGCGAGGCAGCACCUCCUACAGCGAGCUGCAGGACGUCGCCACCAAAAGGACGUCCACGCCGAACGUGGAAGGGAAGAGUGCUCCAGCAUUGAAGUGGAGCAGAAUACCCGGCCAGGUGUGUCGGAUUCCCAACAAGCCCAUGCUGGCCUUCCGCGGAGGUCAAAUGGGCUGCCUGACGGUGCUCUUCUCUCACGCCGGGACGCUUCUCGCCACCGCGUGCGCCGACAGAGAUUUGUUCCCCGUUGUAGUGUUUGAGAUUCCCUCAGGGAAAGCCUUGGCUGCCUUCACCGGCCAUCUUAAAAUCGUGUACGAACUCUGCUGGUCCGCCGACGACAGACGUCUUUUGUCCGUCUCGUCCGACGGAACCGUCAGGGAGUGGGAUGUGGAGCAGUUCCUCCCGACCGCACGGAAGGUUCUGCCGCACCCUUCCUUCGUGUACUCGGCCCGGUACCACCCGGCGGCGCAGCAUCUGGUGAUCAGCGGCGGCUACGACGGCGUCCUCCGAGCGUGGAGGGUCGAUGUCGACGACAUCAACGGCCUGCUCCUGCGCGAGUUUGAGGCCCACGGCGGUUUCGUCAACACCAUUUGCUUUGACGCAGAAGGACACAGGAUGUUUUCGGCGGACAGCGUGGGAAGCGUCAUCAUGUGGAACACUUCGCUCAGCGAUGGCGAGCAGCAGCCUUGGCAUCACUGGUGUGUGGAGAAGAUUCACGCCGAGGCUGACCUCAAGGGGAUCCCCAUCAACAUGCUGCAGGUGCAUCCGAGCGGGCGCUGCCUCCUCAUUCAUGCCAAAGACAACGUCCUCAGGAGCUUGGAUCUGAGAGUCAUGACAAUGAAAAAGUACACGGGAGCCACCAACCAGCGAGAGAGGCUCAACAGCACCUUCACGCCGUGCGGCAGUUUUAUCUUCUCCGGCAGCGAGGACGGCAUGGCGUACGUUUGGAACGCGGAAUCCGGCGACCAGGUCGCGGUGUACUCGGAGCUUUGCUACAGCUCGCCCUUGUGCGGGGUGUCUUUCCACCCUCACGAGAACAUGGUGGCCUUCUGCGCCUUUGGGGAGAGCCAGCCCGUGCAACUUUACCUGCACGACCGCAAAGUGUCCCAAUUGGACGCGCUCGGCAUGAAGGAGCUCAGGCCACCGUCAAACACGCCCGAACCGGUUCACAGCACGCCGGAUUCCCUCUCGGUGGACCAGCUGAGCCAAGCUACCAGGCUGGCGUUGAAAAUGCAGCGAGUCAAAGAGCAAAUGGAUUCCGUCCUUGAUCCAGAUCGCGGGUCUUCAUCUUUUGAACCAGGAAGGAGUCUGUUUUCAGACGUCAGCACGAUGAGAUCCAACGCCUCGCUCCCUCCUCUCGUGGGCGGCUUCAGUCCAGUUGGGCUGCAUCGGAAGGGAACGUCAUCGUCGAGGCUUCAGACGUCACUUCCGAGCUAUGAGCCUCCCGCGGACUCGUCUCACCAUGUGGUGGUGUCGCUGUACGACUACAAGGCCAGCCGCUCGGACGAGCUGACGUUGCGCCGCGGCGACGAGAUCCGCGUGCUGUAUAAGGAUAAUGACAAUUGGUGGUUCGGGAGCCUGGCGGACGGGCAGCAGGGCUACUUUCUCGUCGCCUACGUCGCCGAUCCGAGAGACUCCGGCGAAGAGGCGGCGGCGGACGCGGCCAUUGAGAGGAUGACGUCGACCAGGAUUUCCACUGCAACGACUCCUCCCGGGGAGCUGCGGUUUCUCUCUGAGCCUGCCCUAACCGACACUGAGCCCGAGUUGUUGGAAGCCAAACUUCAAAAGAAAAAGAAAGUGAAGAAAAAUGCGGAAAGGCGACCGCCGCCACCACUGCCCGUGUCAUCUCAGGACACGUUUUCCAACCCGGAUGUCGGAACCGAGUCGGCAGACAAAGUCCCACCCAGUCGCCGUCCCCUUCCGAAGAGACCGACCAAGAAGCCCGGUGCUGCUGUGCGACUCGACCCAUGACGGUACUUUUUUGUCAUGAUUUUCUAAAGAAGACAAUAUAUUUUUUUUUUUGUACAAAAUGUCAACUUUCUUGACAUGAUUUAUUUGUAAGGGCUGAAUUUCUGGACAGUGGCGCCUCCAAAGUGGAACACAAUGCAUUGAUCCGAUUUCAAAAAAUGUUUUCCCCUCCAGAGGAAAUAAUGUAAAGCAACUCUGUUUGAAUUUCGAACUUUAGAAGUUAACCAAGUGUGUCAUACAACUAAAAUGAAUUUGUGUUACUCCCCGUGUGCACAGCUAAUUGAACGGUCAAUGAUUUUCACGGUAAUCGUUAGCCACAUGCUAUCAAGGUUAGCAUCUAAAAAAAAAAAAAAAAUCAAAUAAAUGUAAUUUAUAAUGAAUUCCAAGCAUCGCACUGAGCGACCAGAGCAUACUUGACUCUGUGGUCAUUUCCUAUUCUAUGGUUAUCAUCACUUGUGGAGUUCAGCCACAUGAAAUCCCACGAGAUGUGCCGAAAUCCCACGUCUUGAUAGUUUCAAGUCCCAAAGCGCACGACUCUCCACAUGUAUUACAGGCCCCCAAAAAUAUUCCAAAAGUGUCUACGAUAGUCGAGGGUUGAUUUUUAUACAGUGCAGUAUUAAAUUUUGACCAUCAUUUGAGUUGCCUUUGUCGUCUUUUACGGUGCAUCCAGAAAGUAUUCCGACAACCAAUACUUUUUUGAUGUCCUGUACAUAAAAGUGCAAUAGAGCCGGCUGACUGUUUGCCAUUUACAAUAUGUACAAGAUUUAUUUAUUAAAAUUAAAAAAAAAAAAAAAAUCCAGGAUGCAUUGCAAGUACAGAAUAAUCGGUCUGCUGUGACAUUCAUCUGCUGAUAAAAAGAAGGGGAACCACCUUUAUCAAGUAUUUUACAAAUACUCAAGUUUUUUUUUUU